AUGUAAUCUUAAUCUAUGAAAUCUAAUGGAAGUGUACUUCUGGAUUACUUCAAGAGUCUUGGGGAGGGGGAUUGGAAUAUCGAUCUGACUCAAUAUUAGAAAUCGGUCGAUUUUAAAUUAAGUUAGAAAGUGAUAACAUUUGGGGAAGUGCAAGAGUUUUACACAUUUGAAGAUCAAAAGACUUUCUUUUAAAUGCAUUCACAAACCUAAUGGACAGACCAAGAAUGGAAAAUAUUGAUUUGGAUAGUGAUAUAGUAUUGUACGAUGCACAAAAUGAAUCUUUUAAAAAUGAACGAUUGGGAGAUGGUUGAGAAGUUGAUUAAAUUCAAAAGUAGUUUAAAUUGUUAAUAUAAAUGGCUAUGUCAUGUGAUCGGAAGAGAGGAUAGAUUGCAGUGGUGUUAGGAAGAAGAGCAGAUGUUAAAAGUGGAAGUUGAAAAUAGUAAGAAUUUGAAAUGGCACGAAAUUCAGUUUUAGAUAUUCACCAAAUCAAAUGGCCGAUAUUUCAAGAAAGCCAAACAAUGUAGAGAGAGAUGGAACAAUUAUUUGGAUCCCAGAAUCAAUAGGAGUUAUUGGAAACCGGAGGAGGAUUUGUGUUUGAUGAAAUUAGCCCAGUCUGAAGGAUUGAAAUGGUCUAAGAUUUCUUAUAAGAUGAAAAAUAGAACUGAAAAUUAAGUGAAAAAUAGAUUCAAGAGUCUAAUAAACAAAGAGUCGAAAGGUUCACAAAUGUAAUUAGAUAUGGAUUAACUUAUAAAUAACAUCAUCUAAAAAUUAGUUCCCUAAUAAUGUAAUGCUAGUAGCGAUUAAAUGCAAGAACAAAAACCUUAAAAAGUAAUCUGUUUAGAUAGGAAUAUUAAUUAUAUAUAAUAACAAUAAUUUUUGAUAUACUAAUAUCAGUACUACUUGGCAUAGCAGCAAUAUCAGAUGUGUUAUAAUUACUAUUAGGGAGAGCAAUCAAUCAAAAGUGAAGACUGUCACUCUGAGAAGAUCUCCAGAUCAAAUAGCUUUUGUGGCUUAUUAGAUAAGCUAUCCUUAGAUUCAAAGUCUCUGACCCAAGAAUUAAACAAACAAUAUGUCUAGGAAAUCGAAGUUCCAAUCAAUAAUAAUAUCACAAAAUCUUAGUAAUAAAUCGCUAUUCCUGAUUUCCUAUCAUAAAAUCAAGGAAAAGUCAAAUCUAACAAACAAAGAUUCAAGUUUUCUUCUGGAGAUUAAUGA